AAAUAUCGGAAGUCGACCUACUUAUCAUUGGUGCCAGACCUGCAGGCUUGAUGGCUGCUGCUUGGGCAAGCCAAUGCAAGCUCAAAUCAAGAAUCAUCGACGACAAAGACGCAAAAGUCAGAACCGGCCAAGCAGACGGUCUACACUGCAGAACCCUCGAAAUCAUGGAUAGCUUCGGCAGCCCAAGCAUUGCCCACAGGAUCCUCGGCCAGGCUUGCGUAAUCAAGGAGAUCAGUUCAUGGGCAUGUACACAAGACGAGUGGGAAAACCCCAAGGAAGGUGAAGAAGAACACAUAGAACGAUCAGAGUUAAUGCGCUCGGGCGAGGAAGAUUUGCCGGGUAGUCGGUAUCCUCAAGUGAGUCUUGGUCAAGGCAGCGUUGAACAGGCAUUUCUCAAUCUUCUCGAACAAGAUGGCGGCGAGGUACAAGUUGAACGCAACUUGACGCCUGUGGAGCUUCACGUCGAUGAAGCAAGAGUGGAUGACCACGAUGCAUAUCCUGUCGAACUUCACCUUCAGAAAUUAGGGAAGGAUGAACGUGCUGGCUCUUUUGAUUCCACGAGUAUGUGUCUUUGUGUUGGCCGAGUCAUAUCCUCUGACCGAGAUUCAGCAUCCGAAAAACUNGCCACAGAGAUCAUUCGAGCAAAGUACGUCUUGGGUACCGACGGUGCACACAGCUGGACACGAAAAGCUCUGGGUCUGCAAAUGGAAGGCGAUACAACGAAUAAGCACUUUGGUGUCAUGGAUUUCAUCCCGCUCUCCAAUUUUCCGGACGUCAGGAUUUCGUGCGUGAUACACUCUAUGUCGGGCAGUAUCAUGACUUUGCCACGAGAAAAUGGACUAGUCAGGUUCUACGUCCAGCUCGGAGAGUCUUCUGCUCAAGGAAGCGACUUGGAUCGCAGCAGAAUAACACCUGACGAUAUCAUCAAGAUUGCUCGGAAAAUUCUCCGUCCAUAUACCCUGGAUUAUAACCAUUGUGACUGGUUCUCUGUCUACACAGUUGGUCAACGGCUGGCAACAUCCUUCAGUUAUCAUGACCGCGUCUUCCUCGCCGGCGAUGCCGUACAUACGCAUUCUCCAACCAUGGGCGCAGGAAUGAACGUCUCCAUGCAAGACAGUCACAAUUUCAUCUGGAAGAUCGCCACCGCCAUUCGCACACAAAACAGAGAUAUCCUGGCAACCUACACCUCCGAGCGCAUGGCUGUCGCCAAAGAGCUUAUAGUCAAAGACCGCGCAAUGAGCGACUUCUAUUGUCACGGACCUUCCGCAAACUCAACCCGCUAUCAAGAGUUUCGAGAAAACUUUCGAGAUUUUGUCAGCGGUGUUGCUGUAGAAUAUAGUCCCGGCCUCUUGGUAUGCGAGGCAGAAGAUGUCACAAACCACACAGCCAACGCGGAAGGCCCUCGACAAAUUCACACUAGACCACAAAUGGCUCUCAACAUAAGGUUAGGCCAACGACUGCCGUCCUAUCAUGUCACAAAUCAUUUCACAGCCGAAGUCAACCACAUCCACUCUGCCAUGGAAAGCACCGGACAAUGGCGUAUCAUNCUUUUCCCUGGUGACCUUAGUACCCUUGACCACUUCUCAGCUUUCUGCAACUUAGGUCACCGACUCGCUGCUCCUGACUCGUUCAUCCACACUUGCACACCACUAUCCGCACCCCUCGACUCAGUGGUUGGGAUUUUGACCAUCCACACCAGUAACAGGAAUGAAGUCGAUGCCUUGUCGUUGCCGAAUAUCUUCCACCCGUGGAACGACAAGACGGGGUACGAUUACUGGAAGAUCUUCGCUAGGAACAGCGACCAAGGAGAUGAUAUAUACAAAGCUUUUGGUAUUGAUGAGGAAGAAGGAUGUGUGUUGGUGUGUAGGCCUGAUCAACAUGUCGAUUACAUUGGAGCCUGGACGGAUAUUGGUUCGCUGGGACGAUACUUGACCAGGAUUCUGGCUCUGAAACAAGAGGGA